AUGAUGCCUGUAGCACUUACCUUGAUAUUUUUGGCCUUCUUGCUACCUGUGCGUGGGACCUUGGACGAGCCUAUGGAUGCGUGGCGUGAGGCUAAGGCCAAGUUGAAAAGCAACAUUUUAAACCACAGGGCUGUGCAAACAAAUCUCUGUCCAUCUAACACAAAGCUAAACUUGAAGAUCAAAGCGUACACAUACGCUGUUUUAUUUGGUAAUGAAGUCGAGCAGUCAUUUACAACAGUCAACUAUAUCUGCGUCAGCUGGAAUGAUACCAACCUCUCAUGGAAGCUGUCUGAUUACGAAAAUAUAAGUACGGUGAAUCUUAAAUACGAAGACCUGUGGCAUCCAAGUUUUAUAGUGACCAACUCGGCUGACGAAGAUAUUCUGAUGUUUAAACCAAUCCACGAUCAGCUGUCGUUGUUUUACACCGGUGAAGUCUUGCUGCACUCUCCAGCUUUGUUAAAAACUACCUGUUCGAUGGACCUGAAGUACUACCCUUUUGAUGAGCAGACGUGUGACAUCACUCUUGUGCCUUUCUUUGACGAGUGCCAGUACAACAUAAUCGAGGCUAGCAUAGAAGAAAUGCCGGAUCCGUUUGAUUUGGUGGGGGAGUGGGAGAUCCAGUCAAGGGAUAUCGUUACAGGGUACUAUAUGAACAACAACGACACGCAAAUUUUGUCCAUCAAGGUCAGAUUUCAUCUGAAGAGAAAUUCUUUGUUCUACGUCAUCAGUGUCUUGGCGCCAAUGAUCACCACCUCAUCGAUGACGUCAUUCGUCUUUCUGAUCCCACCGGAUUCCGGGGAAAAAGUUUCUUUUUUGGUGACGGUAUUCGUCUCCAACGCCGUCUUCUUCAACUUUGUGGGUACAACCAUGUCUAGAAGUAUGACGCUAGCCAACAUGCCCAGACUGACGCUGUUCCUGCUCAUGGUGCUGGCCCAGAGUGUGGUGACCUUGAUCCUGACCUUGUACGUCAUGCACAGACACAAGGCCGAGCAGGAAGAAAAGUUCAGACGACAAAUCGAGCAGACGGAUGAACUCGACCAAAAGUCUGAUCAAACUACGGCUGCUUCAGUGGAAGACAUGAGUAAACAUGAGAAAAUGUUUGAACGCUUAACUCCAAUUGAUCAUCGAAAUGCUGAAUUGAGUACCGACUCGUUUGUAAGAAGGAUGAAGGUUUCAGUGUGCUCAAUGAUUGGGAAAAACAGAGGAUCCGUUGAGCCUUUAGACAAUUCACAAGCAGAGAAAACCAUGAACUUAACAGUGACCUUGAUAUUUUUGACCUUCUGGCAACCUGCACGUGGAAAGCUUGACGAGCCAAUGGAUGCGUGGCGCGAGGCGAAAGCGAGGCUGAAAACCACCAUUUUAAACCACAGGGCCGUGAAGGCUAAUCUUUGCCCGUCCAAUAACACGUUAAACUUGGGAGUCAAUGUCUACACCUACGCUGUUUUAUUCGGAAAUGAAGUGGAACAAUCCUUCACAACAAUGAAUUCCGUCGUUUUUAAGUGGACAGACCCAGAUUUAGCUUGGGAACUUUCGACCUAUGAAAACAUUACGUCGGUAAAUUUAAAAUACGAUGACCUGUGGCAUCCAAGUUUUGGUGUGAUAAACUCGGCCGACGAGAACCUGAUGCUGAUUCGACCUGCACAAGAUCAGCUGACAUUGAGCCACACAGGUACCGUCAUGCUCCACUCACCUGUGAUCCUGAAAACUACCUGCUCCGUGGAUCUCAAGUACUACCCUUUUGACCUCCAGGCGGGUGAAGUAUCAUAA